UGUGACUUGCCACUUGCGUGUUCACACUUGGCCGGUUCUUUCAACUGAAAUGAACUCUGGUGCACAGGACCUACAAUAUGUUGCCAAAUACAGUUACGUCCAGGGCGUGAGAAGCUCCGUCUUGCAGAUUUGCGUGUGCAAACAGGAAUCUUGGUGCUGUUUUCCUUUGCACAUUUUAUAAGCUCUUUGUGAGUGAGCUGGUAAAAAUACCACCAUAUGUACAAGCAUUUAAUGAGCAUUUAGCCCAGCACACAGCAGUUUUGGAUGUUUGGUAAGUUCACAAAAUACACAUCAUUAAAGCUGUCCAGUCAGGUUGUGAACGUAUCCUUAUGUCUUUUGUUCUGUAUCUUUAAUGUCUGGUUCUGUGUUAAAAAUGACAGUGUGGACGCUGAGUGAACCAAGGACUAAAUGUAUCAUUUUCUUCUUCAAUCCUGACCAAAGGACUGAACUACAAGUGUAAACACUCUUACACACCAAUGCAACUUUUUUUUCUCUCUCAACAAUGCAGUUUUGACCAGGUUUGGACUGUGUAUUUAUCUACAGGAAAAUAGCUUUAUGAACUCUUAUUAAAAUGUUUAAGAAACAUUUUAAAUAUUUAGUGUAGCCAAAGGCCUCUGAGGACUAGGUGGCGCUGUUAGUAUACUGGAUUCAGUUUCGGAGUGCUUCUGAUUACUUUGUCUUGUCUUCUUUUGUCUCAUCUUAUUUAGGGUAGAUGGUUAAGGCGGAGUCUAAAACAGUAGUACCACUACAAGUGAAAACAAACUAAACUAAGCAGGUCCUCAUCUUUUUCUGUGUUUACAAUGUCAUGGGAUUUGCAUAUGUCAUCGUUUCUUACCACAACACAACCCUACACACGAGAUAAGGAUCAAGAUUGCAUGGGAAAGUUGAGAUCUGUGUGGUGUCCACCAAGGAAGCCAUACAGAACUGGAACGACAUGAUAGGUGGACGUGCAAUUGUGUGUGUGUAACGGCACAGGUUCACAGCGACAGGCGGUACUUAAAUAUUAAAGGCUCUGGGGAAGCACACCAUUGUUUGCCCUCCAUUUCAGAGAGGCAGUUGUGGUUGGUUGGUUGAGAGAGAGAGAGAGAGAGAGCAAAUAGCAACAAAGACGGAGCCCGUGCUGCUGGGAACUGCAAGGACAACUUCAGGAAAAGCAACAGAGGGUGCACUCAAGUGUUAAACUACCUGACAAAGGAUGUGAAGCAUGGAGAAACCAAGACAGACUCGGCUGUAAAAUGUUGACAGAAGUUGGACUUUUGGUACAUUAAACAUGGAUGGAAUUGCAAGCGGAACGGCAGAACCUCAAGAGACCGACAGCACACAGAAUAGACACAAGGAUGAAGUGGACAGGGUCUUGGAUGAGGUUGGGCCUGCGUCUGAGGCUCCUGUGGAAGGGGACGUGGAGGCUGGAGCACAGAACUCCAGGGACAGUCGGAAACUGGACUGCAUCAUCUGCUACAGUGCGUAUAAUCUGGGAGAGAGACUCCCCCGCAAACUCUACUGUGGUCACACAUUCUGCCAGGCCUGUCUGAAGCGGCUGGACACCCUCAUCAAUGAGCAGAUGUGGAUCCCCUGUCCACAGUGCCGGCAGAACACUCCUCUACCUCGGGGCGCCACUGGUCUAGACCUAGACCUGGCAGCUUUUCUGGGUGUUAAAGCUGAAGUGGAAAACCAGCGAACCUACAGCCAGAAAGCACCGCUGGAGACCAAGUCCUCCUUUGUAAAGCAGCCAAUCACAGAUCAACCACCCUCAGCAUGGGCCAAUGUGGCAGUGGCAGAGCAUCGCUUCCACAGAAGCCCUUGUUGCAAGCACUGCCUGCUCUGCUGCUGGUGGUGCUAGAUUCACGUACAUUACGCAUAAAAACGUUUUACAGUGGAUAUCCCACUGUCUGGAAACCACAGAUUUCUUUACAGAAUUGCCUGGGACAAUAAAAUACAUUUUAUUUGGA